AUGUUUGGCCGAAUUGUGUUUUUUACGUCGUGUGCCACAAUUUUUUCAGGAACAGCGUAUGUUGUUGGUAUCGCUCUCAGCCCUCCUCCUUCCUACACAGUGGGCAACCGGCAACGUCUUGAACGCUACGACGCUCUAUCGCACGAAAAUGCUUACGAAAAAAAGACGCGUGGACAGGAGUUUUAUCUUGGUAUUAGCCGCUGGCGUCGUCGGAUUUUGCGGGAUGAGGGUUUAGUACAUGGUCGUGUCCUAGAGGUUGGAGCAGGUUGUGGAGGUAAUUUGAAUUACUACGAAUCACUACUACAUUCGCCGUCAACCGCACCGUCGAAGGAUGUCAAUGAGGAGAGAAAAUCAGUGGAGUUUAGUCACACACCGUUGCUGGAGAUAGUGAUGAGCGAUCGAUCUCCAGGCAUGGUAGAGUCGACUGCCAGACGAAUCCAGCAACGAUACGGCUAUUGUCCCUAUCGGUAUCCUGACUACGAUGUUGUUGGCAUUCUUGAUGCAGUGAAAAAGAAUUAUGCGAUGAUAAAAAGAAGCGACUGUGGAUCUUCUUUGGCACAGAAAGAUGAUGAACAGCGGUCAAUUCCAGGAGAGGGUGUUAUCAAGCGUAAGAUUCUUCACGGUGAUGGUACUGUGAAGGAGGUAUUGACCACACCACUAAACGAUAGUGGAUAUACUUUAGCUGAUGGUUCAGUGGCGCCAAUUCUACAGGGUUCUCUUCCUGGUAAUAUGCUGCCCCUUUUGAAUCGGGACGGCCAGGCGGAACUAAGGCGGCGGGAGUCCGAAAAAGGGACCAAGGGACAUCUAACGGAAGUAAAAGAAAAGAAUGAACCAAUUUUUGCAGUGGCAAAUUACGCGGCAGAACAACUGCCUUUUUCAGACAACAGCUUUGACGCUGUUGUAGAUAUGUUUGGUCUCUGCAGCUUUGACGAUCCAGUGCGCGCCCUUCGUGAGAUGUCGCGGGUAUGUAAACCAGGUGGGAAUCUUCUUCUUCUUGAACAUGGCAAAGGACGGUGGUCACGCAUUAACGAUCACCUUGAUAAAUGGGCACCCCGACACGCGAAAAAAUGGGGAUGCUGGUGGAAUCGUGAUAUUAGACGGUAUUUACGUCUUGCAGGCCUCACCGUUGUUAAGAUGGAGGAAAGGCACUUUGGGACGUCGUUGUACAUUGUAGCGAGGCCGUUCAAGACAUUGAAUGAAUGGGAGGCGCACCAUGCCAAAACUAUGAACGUUUGA